AUGGGCGUCAAUGGGUGGGCGAGUUACUACUUCUCGUCGAAAAGCUUGACCGUUGAGGUCUACCAAAUCCUCGUGGACCGCGGUUGGAGAAGAUCUGGUACCAUCUUUUACAAACCGGAUGUGCUGCGACACUGCUGUCCACAUUACACUAUUCGUCUACCCGUAGCCUCCUUCAAGCCCUCGAAGGAUCAAAGAAAAGCCGUCAAUCACUGGAAUGACCAUGUGCUAGGGGAGUCUUAUAUGAAAGAGGCUUCCAGGCUCUACCCGAUAUCCAAAGAGGAGAAAGCUCGGUUCAAAAACACCUUUGAUCUCACUCGUGAGAUUCACAAGACCGAAUAUGAGAAUGUCAAACGACCGCCCGAGCCCGCACACCGCUUUGAGGUAACAUUGGAGCCAGCAGCGUUCACGCUCGAAAAGUAUGAGUUGUUCAAGAACUACCAGCAGAACGUGCACAAAGAGAAACCUCACGAGAUCUCUCAAGCAGGCUUCAAACGCUUUCUGUGUGAUUCGCCGUUGAAGCAGACUACCAGGACCGUCGAGGGCAAAGAACAGCUGCUCGGAUCUUACCACCAGUGCUACCGGCUUGAUGGACGGCUCAUUGCGAUGGGGAUACUCGAUCUGCUACCCCACUGCGUUAGCGGCGUCUACAUGCUCUACCAUUCCGACUACGAACAGUGGCAGUUCGGAAAGUUGAGUGCGCUACGAGAAGCUGCGCUGGCUCUUGAGGGCGGCUAUCAGUACUACUAUAUGGGAUACUACAUUCAUUCUUGCGUCAAGAUGAAGUACAAGGGCGAUUACAAGACUCAGCAUGUUCUCGAUCCUGAAACAUACGAGUGGCAUCCCCUCGAAGGUGAAAUGCGCGCUCUGCUUGAUAAGAAGCCGUAUGUCUCCAUGUCUAGGGAGCGUCGCAGGAAGGAGAUGGGCAUCGAUGGAGAGCAAGACGAUUACUCCGAUUAUCCCUAUCCGACAGCUGCUGAGGCUGGCAAGGCUGUCAACAAGGGCGUGUCCUUGUUUGAGCUUAAGGUACCGGGCCUUAUGACUGCUGAAGAGAUUGAACAGCAACUCGAUCUGGCCACUAUGCCUAUUCGCGUUGGUGGGAGGAUGGCAGAAGCUCAGGACCUGGUCUCUUGGGACGGCAGCGAGCUGAGGAAUCCAAAGUCGAUUAGGGGUGUUAUUGGCCGUCCGAUCAAGAACCUCCCCGAGACCAUCACCGUCUCUGCGGAUGCCUCGGCCGCCCAGAUCUUCGAAGAAAUCGCAAAGGCGUCCAGGUUCUCAAUCCACCGAUUGAGGGUCACCAAGGGCAGCGACGGAUCGCCAAUCAACAAUGUGCGAGACGUGAAGGUUCAUGACACGGGCCUGCGGAACAAGAGUGCUGUGGAUGUCAAGGAUCUAGGUCCCCAGAUCUCAUGGCGCACCGUCUUCAUCGUCGAGUACCUUGGACCCCUCCUCAUCCACCCGCUCAUCUACUUCGGCCGCUCCCUCAUCUACGGCACCUCAGCCCCUCCGUCGCAGCUCCAGAAGCUCACCUUCCUCAUGUGCGUCGCUCACUUUGCUAAACGCGAGUUCGAAACCCUCUUCGUCCACCGCUUCUCGUCGGCCACAAUGCCUAUAAUGAACAUCUACAAGAACUCUGGCUACUACUGGCUCCUUUCAGGUGUGAACCUGGCGUACUGGAGUUACGGUCCCAACAGCCCAGCUGCUAGACCUUCCAACCCGCUUCUCACAUACCUUGGUGUAGCGCUGUUUGCCAUCGGCGAGGUUUGCAAUUACAGCACGCAUCUGACGCUCAAGAACUUGCGCCGCCCCGGCAGCACUGAGCGCGGUAUACCCAAGGGACUGGGCUUCGAUCUAGUCACUUGCCCCAACUACAUGUUCGAGGCAAUGGCGUGGAUUGGCGUGGCGCUGGUCAACUGGAGCUUGAGCACCGUUCUCUUCAUCAUCGUGGCUGUGGGACAGAUGGGUGUUUGGGCAUGGAAGAAGGAGAAGAGGUAUCGCAAGGAGUUUGGAGAUAAAUACAAGAGGAAGAGGUACGCUAUUCUGCCUGGUAUCUGGUAG